AUGAUCAACCAACGCAUAUUUGAGGAUCUUCAGACGAAAAUCGAUGAGGAGACCACUGUCCGCGAUCGAGAGGGAGCUUUCGAGGACCUUCAUCAGUAUCCGUGUGGGCAAAUCGAAGCUGAUGCGACUUUCAUAGGACGCUCGACGCAGGCUAUCCUCUCGAGGGCACACUCUACCCCAUCCGACCAGCUCAAGCCUGUGCUCGAUGAAGCUGCCGCUGAAAUCCUCGCAGAGAAGCAGGAGGUGCUUCGGCUGAAGGCCGUUGCAGACAAGCACCCGUUUUAUAAGUACAAUGGGCUAUGGUCGCGCGAGCUGCAAAACCUGGUUGCUUCGAUCGAGCUCUGCGCUUGGCUCGGCGGCUUGCAGGAGCACAAGGGGCCCAGUUCGGCGUCGUUCAUGACUAUCGAGGACGUGGGCAAGUUUCUGGAAAUCCCAAUUAAUCUCAAGCAGGAAGAUGCGUUCCACCUCACAAUCGAGGAGUACCUCCUGGCUUUGAUUGCCAUGGUAGAGGAGUUGUCGCGCUUGGCCGUCAACUCCGUCACCUUAGGCGACUAUCACCGCCCUCUCCAGAUUAGCAACUUCAUCAAGGAUCUCUUUGCCGGAUUCCAGUUGCUGAAUCUGAAGAAUGACAUCCUACGCAAACGUAGCGAUGGGAUUAAGUACAGUGUUAAGAAGGUUGAAGAUGUUGUCUACGACCUCUCGCUCCGAAAUCUGAUUCCGAAGGGCAGCGAUGCCGCUUAA